AAUGAAUCACGUUCAGCCUCUACAAAAGAGGAAAAGAAAAGAGUGAUUCAGCUUUAUUCUGAAGCUGUCAAAGAUUAUCUAUCAAUUGAAACUUGGAAAGAAUAUAUAAAUUAUAUGAUUCAAGAGUAUAAAGGUUCCAUAGAGGAAAUGGACGAAACUGGUGACAAUUCUGGUGAAGUUGUUUCACUAGAUCAGAUCCGCUCAGUGUUCACAGAAGCAAUUAAAAAAACUGGUAAUUUUGUUCCGGAGAGCCAUAUCGUGUGGGAUAUUUGUAAAGAAUUCGAAGAACAAAUUUUAGAGACUUCACCUCGUGAUGACGAGCAAAAAAAAAGAGUGCAAAAAAUGUAUUUGGAUAGGCUCAAGGUUCCUCAUGCGACCGUAGAAAAAACCUUUUCUGAUUAUUCGUCGUUUAUUACCAAAUAUGACAAUCUAAAUUAUGAAAAACAUAUGGUCGACGCCAACGUUUCCUUUAGUCAAGCAAAAAGAAAAUAUUAUGAAAGAGAUCAUUAUGAACAAGCACUGGUUGCAUCUGGACAUGAGCUAGAUAAAUAUAUGGAAUAUAUUGAGUUUGAGAAAAAACAGUCAGCUCCUAACUGGCAGGCUGUCCGCACUUUAUAUGAAAGGGCCAUAGUUUAUCACUAUUUAGAUCUAUCAGUCUGGGAGAAUUAUAUUUUCCAAUUAAUUGAAAAAAAAUUUCCAAAUAAUAUGGUUCUUAUCGUUGCUGAGCGUAGUGUUCGGAAUUGUCCAUGGUCUGGUGAUCUUUGGGGUCAUUACAUUCGAGUUUUAGAAAAAGAUUAUGAUUCAUAUGAUGAAAUGAAAAAUAUAAUUCGCAAGGCCCUCUCCACUGAAAUGCUUAAUAACAAUUUAGAUGAACUAGUAAAAGUUUUAUUGGCUCAUUGUGAUUUUGAAAGGAGAAGAAUAAAGACACCAUUGAAUUCAGAAAAUACAUUGAAUCUUAUAAAUACUAUACAAGAAAGUCUUCAAACAGUCAAACAAUUCUUUCCAAACGGGGACCCAAAUUAUCGUUUAGAAAGAUAUUGGAUAGAAAUUGAGACAUUGAAUAAAAAUCUUACAAAAGCAAGAGAGAUUUGGGAAAAUAUUAUUAAAACUCAUGGCAAAGAGUCUGAAACGUGGAUACGUUAUAUUGAGUGGGAAAGAUUUAUGGGAAAUCAUGAUGAAAUUCACAAAAAAUUCAAAAGAGCAUCUCAACAAAAUCUUGAUUGGCCAGAACGUAUAUUUGAUGCAUGGGAACAAUUUGAGCACCAGUAUGGAACAUUGGAUAGUUUAGAACAAGCACUUAUGUUCAUCAGAAAACAAAUGAAAGUUGUUGCACAUAGGCGUGCGAAAAAUGCAUCACUGGAGGUUCAAAAUACUGGGUCUGAACAAGAACUACAGGUAUCAACAGCCUUUAAUGAUACACAAGCCGUUAGGCACUCUGAAGCUUCUCAGUCAUUCAAAGUAUCGCAGCCUGAGAUUUCAGAAUCAGGUAAUGAGCCAAAAAAAAGAAAGCCCGAAGAGGAUGAGCCACAACUAGAAGGCUCACCAGCUUACAAAAGAAAUAAAGCACAGCAUCCUGAAAAACCAAAGCGGUCAGUUGAACGUAGUUGUAAUCACAUUAUUCCAAUUGACUCAAAUCUCAUUACUAUAUCAUAUAGUGAUCGCGAGUUUACUACAGUUGUUGCCAGCAAUCUUCCAUUAGAUGCUACAGAGAGUCAGUUGAAAACUCUUUUCAAUGAGUGCGGAAAAAUCGUUGAUAUUCAUAUAAUUGAAGAUAAUGAAAAAGCACAAAAAUCUGCGCAUAUAGAAUUCGCAAACAGGGAUGAUGUGCUUGCUGCGUUAACAAAAGAUAAGAAGAAGGUCGGAAAUAAUGAAAUUAACGUGUAUAAAAUUUCAGAACAUACACUAUUCAUCACAAAUUUUCCAGAGACAGUCGAUCUUAAAGAAAUGUUUGAUAAGUAUGGAAAAAUAAUUAGCAUUCGUUAUCCAAGCAAAAGCCUCAGAGCAGGAAGAUUUUGCUAUAUUGAGUACGAAAGUCGGGAAUCCGCUUUAUCCGCUUUAGAAAUGAAUGGUUUUGAGAUUGAAGCAGGAAAGAAAUUAAAUGUGGUGAUUUCUAAUCCUUCAUUAAGGAAAACACGAUCUCCACCAAAACAAAACGAGAUUUAUAUCAGAAAUCUUCCUAGCCAUGUUGAAAAAAGUGAAUUGGAAACACUUUGCACAACUUAUGGACCUGUUAUUGAUGUUAGAAUUCCUACAACUAAGGAUAAGAAAUGUAAAGGACUAGCAUUUGUUGAAUUUGACAGCGAGGAGCAUGCAAAAGCCGCACUUACCCUACAUAAUACGGAAUUUAAAGAAUGUAUAUUAAAUGUGACACUUAGCAAUAGUAAUCGGGGCAAUAGCCAAAAAUCCACAUUUGGUGAUCCUAACAAUAAAGAAAGAAAAGUAACAAAGAAUAAGACGGCAACAGUACGAACGGGAGAUGAUAAAUCUGCUGUCGAUUCUGAAUCAUCUAUCCAAAGAGAUGUUAAACCUAAUACGUUCAUGAUGCCAAGAAAACUGCAGAGACCAUCAAUAAGAUUGAAAUUGACUGCGCCUAUCAAGAAAAACGCAUAA